AUGAGGUUAACUCACGUCGAGCAUCAUGUUGAGCAGCAGCUCGUGCUUAUGAAAACCAUAGGGCAAUCCUAUGAAAAUCUUGUAAAGAAUGGCAUGGAAAGUGUAACUUCUCAAAGAAUUAACGUACGCCUCUCGGCGCUCAAGGAUAAUUGGGAAAAAUUCUGUGUAAAACAUGAUGCCAUUACAUUGGCUGUUAAACAGUUGAAUGACAACGAUAGGGAGAGUAUAAUGAGGCAUUCCUAUUUUAAAGAUAAUUUAUUUUCCGUCGUAAACGAAAGUUAUUUAGAGUCUGUAGAACGGUUCAAUUCUGCUUUGGAUUCACAAUCGGAAUAUGGAAGCAUUCCGGGAACGUCCUCUUCAAGGCACGUUUCGGAAUCAACUUCCGAGAUCGUCGCGUUUAUUAAUCGAUCGCAACUUCCCCGCUAUGACAUUCCCAAGUUUAAUGGAAAUCACGCGGACUGGCUCUAUUUCAAAGAUCUCUUUACUAGUUUAGUCAUAAACAAUUCCUCACUAACUAACAUCGAAAGAUUACAAUACUUGAAGACUAGUUUAACAGGAUCGGCAUAUAAUCUAUUGAAAAACACUAUGCUUACGGGCGGUAAUUUCUCUAACGAUUGGAAAGCUCUCGUGUCGUUUUACGAAGACAAAAGGAUGUUAGUCAAUUCCACGAGAACGUCAUUAUUCAGUCUAAAGCCGAUGACGAAGUCGACAGCGGGAGAAAUGGAGAAAUUGUUUACUGGCGUUAUGGAGACAUAUCGAACCUUAGACACGUUGGGAAGACCAAUUCAUCAUUGGGAUGAUAUUCUAAUUUUUAUGGUCAUACAGCGACUCGACUCUGAUACCGUAAACAUGUGGGAUCUACAUCGGGGUCCCUCUAACGAACUUCCGACAUGGAAACAGUUUGAAGAGUUCUUCCGAAAUCGACUUAUGAAUCUGAAGGGUCAUGAAACGCGAAAGGGAAAGUUCGUUUCUCAGUUAAAUCCAAGUAGUGUCAAAUCUCAUUACCAAGGCAAAAACAAGACCGUUAAAUCGUGUUCGUUCUGUUCCGAAAAUCAUUGGUCCGCCAGUUGCCCGCAAUAUGUCUCCAAAACUGUACAACAACGCGUAGUACUUGUCCAGAAACAUAACCUAUGCUUCAACUGUCUCGGCCCGCAUCGGGCAUCAGCAUGUCGUAUAACUACACGUUGUAGAAAGUGUGCUGGAAAGCAUCACACCACGCUUCAUCGUAGCAAUUUGGAAAGCACAAAGUCUAAUAGCAAUUCGGCGAAAUUGGCAACAGGAAAACCUAACGAACCGACUACAACUAAGCCUGACAACACGGAGACAACUACCGGCUCUCAGGUUUUACAUUCUGCACUUGGAAAUGAAGUCAAAACGCCAUAUGUUCUACUGGCAACCGCUCUGGUUACUAUCACAUCCGAACACGGAAAUUCUUCACACGCACGAAUUUUGAUUGACCAAGGCUCGGAGGUGUCGUUAAUUACGGAACGAUUAGUACAGCGUCUACGGCUACCACGUACUCGUUCUCACAUUCCACUGAUUGGAAUAGGAGGUGUCGCGUCUAACCGAACUAAAGGCAUGACCUCCUUUAGCAUAAAACCUCAUUUUAAGUCUUCCUUCCAGUGUUCAAUAGCCGCGCAUAUUUUACCAAAGCUCACGUCGACAAUUCCAUCGGUCUCCUUGAAGAAUCACGGCUGGUCACAUUUGAACGGGAUCCAGUUGGCGGAUCCGAAUUAUUUAGCACCCGGUUCAAUUGAUGUUAUUCUAGGAGCCGACGUCUUCGGUCAAAUCAUUCAAAACGGUAUACGAAAGGGAUCGAAUAACGCUCCAAUGGCUCAGGCUACAAAACUUGGAUGGAUUAUUUCCGGACCAACGAGUUCUCAAUCAACACCUGGCGGUUCUCAAAGUUUUCACGUAUCACUCGAAAGUGAUCUAUUCGGCCUAAUGCGUAGAUUCUGGGAACUUGAUGAAAUCGCUCCUUUCAAGACUUCAUCUCGGUCCACCGACGAACAGGCUUGUGAAGAACAUUUUAAGUCUACUCAUUCUCGAACGGAACAUGGUCGCUAUGUAGUGAGAUUACCCCUCAAGGAGCCUGUCAAUAAACUGGGGGAUUCCAAGGCCAAAGCCGUUCGAUUGAUCAAGAAGUUGUCAUGCAAAUUUUCUUCCAAUUCCGAGUUUUCGCGGUUGUAUGCAGAUUUCAUCGACGAGUACGAAAAACUGAAUCACAUGAAGAUUGUUCCGAAAGAUACGACUGACCCUCCGAUAACUUACUAUCUUCCUCAUCACGGAGUUUUAAGGGAGCAUAGUCUUACUACGCGAUUACGUGUGGUUUUUAACGGAUCGAGUCCAACAACAUCCGGACAUUCACUUAACGACUUAUUACACACUGGAGCUAAACUUCAAACUGAUCUGUUCGACGUGUUAAUAUGGUUUAGACUAUUUCGCUAUGUGUUUUCUACGGACAUAGAGAAAAUGUUCAGGCAGAUUAACGUACAGGAGGAUGACUGGGAUCUCCAACGGAUUCUCUGGAUUGACAACGAAGCCCUGCGUACCUUGCAACAGUUGAUAGAAGAUGAAGGGACAAAGUUCCCGCUUGCUGUUCCGUCGUUAAGCAAAGGAAGGUAUGUCGAUGACAUCUUUGGAGGUGCGGAUACUCUUGAACAAGCUCAAGAAAUUGUAAGGCAAUUAAAUCAACUGUGCAUGGCGGGCGGCUUCAAAUUACAAAAAUGGGUGAGCAAUGAUUCGAGCAUGCUCUCUUCUGUCUCCACAGAUAAACAAAAUAACUCUAAAUUCAUAGAACAUAAGGAGAACUUAGUCGUCUACACGUUGGGACUUGGCUGGCAACCAUCCACAGAUACCUUUAUUUUUAAAUAUACUCUUCCAGCAGAAGGUGUGAUCACGAAACGAUCUACCUUGUCUACUAUAGCAAAACUGUUUGACCCCCUAGGGUUUCUAUCUCCGAUCACCAUUACUGGCAAACUCCUAAUUCAAGAAUUAUGGACGAUAAAAUUAGGUUGGGAUGACCCUUUGCCAGACCACGUUGCUAGUAAAUGGAUUACAUUUAUCAGAUCUCUUCAGGAUACGCCAAAAUUCACGCUCCCACGAUGGAUAGGGUGUUCUAACGAUCGCCAAGUUGAGAUUCAUGGGUUUUGUGAUGCGUCACAGCAAGCCAUGGCAGCUGUUGUGUACCUACGGACAUGGUGCGAGGAAGAGGCAGUAAACAUCAGAUUUGUGGCCUCGAAAACCAAGGUCGCUCCAUUAAAGCGAUUGACAGUCCCCCGAUUAGAGUUAUCAGGUGCAGUCUUAUUAACCAAACUGGUCUCCCAUCUGUUACACGUAUUGGAAUGGAAGAAUCUACGCAUAAUACUGUGGACCGACUCAUCUAUCACACAUACGUGGCUGAACAGCCAUCCCUCUCGAUGGAAGGAUUUUGUCUAUAACAGAGUUUGUCACAUCCAAGAAACAAUACCUCAGGCCGAGUGGAGGUUUGUGCCAGGUACGGACAACCCGGCCGAUUUUGCUACACGAGGUCUAACAACCUCACAGCUGUCGGAGCUUUCAAGUUGGUGGUGUGGGCCUUCAUGGCUCUCCCAACCUUCGUCAGCCUGGCCAAGACUCCCUACGGAAAAGCCCAUACGAGAAAACCUUGAAGAAAGACCUACGAAGGUUCUUUCAGUUAACACCAAGAAUUAUACGCCAUGGGAUCUAAUCAAUCGAUAUUCCAGCCUUGUGAAGUUGUACCGAAUUACGGCCACUUGUCAACGAGCAGUCUCUCGUUUCAAAAGGUGUACCGCCAUGUCAACUUUCGGUCCUCUAACUACGCAAGAGUUAGUGGACGCUAAAUUCUACUGGGUCAAGGAAAUCCAAAGGGCUUCAUUUCAGGGUGAUCUACAGCUGCUCUCCAAGGGGCGACCUAUUUCAAAGUCAAGUCCGCUUGUCCGUCUCACACCAUUUCUAGAUGCCAAGGGACUUCUGCGAGUCGGAGGUCGUCUUCAAUUCUCUUCUCUUUCUCAAGAUGAAAAGCACCCCCUAAUCUUACCAAGGGAAUCAACUUUGACGUCACUCAUUAUUCGAGAUGCUCACUUGAGGACCUUGCAUGGAGGCACACAGAUCACUUUAUCUCUUUUACGAAGCGAGUAUUGGAUUAUAGGAGGAAGAGCUCCUGUCCGAUCUCUCAUCAUCAAAUGUGUUAAGUGUGCCCGCUACAGACAGACAAGGGCAAAGCAGUUGAUGGGUCAACUACCCGCUACCCGAGUUUCGCCCAAUCGUCCUUUCGAACAUACGGGCAUUGACUAUGCAGGACCAUUCGUGACGAAAACGUGGAAAGGGAAGAACGCACGCACGUAUAAAUCUUACAUCGCGGUAUUUGUCUGCUUCUCGACUUCUGCAGUGCACUUAGAAUUGGUUACGGAUUACACUGCGGAGGCUUUCAUCGCCGCGUAUAAGCGUUUUACGUCAAGAAGAGGAAUUUGCGUCACGCUUUCAAGCGAUUGCGGUAUUACGCUCAAAGGAUCAGACGCGGAAUUACGAAGAUUAUUCUCGCAAUCCACGGAGGAGUCAACCAAACUCGCCACGCUACUUGCAAAUGACGGGACGCAGUGGAAGUUUAACCCUCCUUCCGCUCCGCACUUCGGAGGGAAGUGGGUAGCGGGGGUUAAAUCGGUCAAAUACCACCUUCGUAGAGUUAUAGGGGAUACUCUCCUAACUUAUGAAGAAAUGACUACCCUACUUUCACAGGUGGAAUCCGUUCUCAACUCCAGGCCUUUGUGCCCUCUCACUGACGACCCUGACGAUCUAAACGCACUUACACCUGGGCACUUCUUGCUGGGUAGUGCUCCAGUUAUUGUUCCGGAACCUUCCCUGGACACGGUUAAGUUAAGUCGAUUAUCGCGAUGGCAACUAGUUCGGCAGAAGCUUGAGUCGUUUUGGUCACAAUGGUCUAAGGAGUGUCUUCAACGCUAUCUUUCGGUAUACAAAUGGAACAGAGUGAAUAAAUCCCUCGAAAAAGGGACUUUAGUUCUGGUAGUUGAUGAUCGGUACCCGCCUUCAAAAUGGCCAUUGGGGCGCAUUAUCCAAACACACCCGGGUAAGGACGGUCAUACUCGAGUUGUCACGAUACAAACUCAAACUUCAGUCCUAACACGACCCAUUGCAAAAGUUUGUCCCCUUCCGAUCGAGCAAGACACAUUGUGA